AUGGGAUCAAGAAAAACAAAUGCCAGAGGAAAACAGUUACAAGAGGUAAUCAAUGAAGGUUAUAUUAAUUGUAUUAAUGAUGAUAGUACGACAUUUGAAAAGAAUGAAUAUGAAGAAAAAAUUGAUUGGAUAUUAGCCAGUCAACCACUUCACUCAUUAAUAUCAAACGUCGAAACACAUCCAACAAUUGGUACGUUAAGUGGUCACAAACCAUUAACCUUCGACAUCCCAAUUGGAACUAAACCAAAACCUGCAUCUCCAAGAUUAUCCCUUAACUUCAAAGCAGCAAAUUGGCCAAAAUUCAGAAAUAAAUUAAAUGAACAGCUAAUGUUAUGGAACAAAAAUCGUAUUAUAGAUUCAGAAUCAGAUAUAGAAGAAUAUACGUCGUUCAUUACCAACACCAUUACAGCAGCAACACAAGAAGCCAUAACAACAUCAAGGCAACUGAAUACAAACAUUAAACUAAGUGAAGUAUCCAAACAUCUGAACCAGCUCAAAACAUACAACUUAUCGAAAAUGGAAGAAGACUGGUGA